AUGCAACAACUCUACCUCAACCCAACUCAACCAUCACAAUUACUGACGGGGCAUGUAGCGGGGGAUGGGUCCAUCAGCCUGCCUCUCGCCAACCUUGCGGGCCUUGAGACCCUUGGCAGCCCAGUAGCUGUCAAGCGCAUCGCUCACCUCAUCGACCUUGCUGUAGGCAUCAGUGUCAGCCAGGAAGGCAACAGCAGCCUCGAUGCUCUCAUCGCUAAAGGCACCAGUGCGACCCGUGAAGUCGGUAGCACCAAAUGCCUUGGCACGCCAGCGCUGCUCCAUGGGGUCGAUGAAGUGAGUCUUCUCGUCGUAGCCAAAGUCGGGCAGGGCAGUCACGUUGAAGGCGGCCAUCAUGUCGUGGUCCUCGUGGAUCAGGUUGUGGCAGUGGAACAUGUAGACGCCGUCCCAGGGGGCGUAGUGAGCCUCGACGAGCACCUUUUCGUUCUUGCCCAGCCAGACGACGUCCUUGAGACCGGCGGCCUCGUAGGGCAGGACGGAGCGGUCGCCGUCGCGCUCCAGAACCCUAAAGUCGACAAGGUGGAUGUGGAUGGGGUGGGACCAGCCGCCGGACGAGUUCUCGAGCUCCCAGAUCUCGACGGUUCCGCGGGGGACGUUGGCGAGCAUGCGGUUGUUGACGUCGGCAAAGGUGAUGCCGUUGAUGCGCCACUCGGACUUUUGGCGGUGGAAGCGGAAGAAGUGGCUGAUGGCGUUGUUGGCGACGGGCUUGGGGAAAGGGACGGUGCGCAGGGCCGAGGGGACCACGCUGGUGUCGGGGGCGGUGGUCUUGUCGGCGACGAUGAAGCGCAUGACCUUGUCCGUGUUGGCGUAGUCCUUGUCGACGCCGGGGCCGCCGGCGUUGGGCAGGUUCAGGAGGUCGAUGGCCUGGCCGGCGUACUGGGAAAAGUCAAAGACGAUCUCGUAGCGCUCGGCGUUGGCGACGUAGAUGUUGGAGACCUGCUGGGGGGUCUCGAGGAGACCGGCGUCGGACGCGAUGACCUGGAAGGGGAUCUUGGCGCUGCUGGAGCCGACGGGGGCAAAGUACAGGGCGAAGGCGCGCGAGACGGCGGCGUCGAGGAAGCGGAAGCGGUACUUGCGCGGCUCGACGUUCAGGAAGGGCCAGGGCUGGCCGUUGACGUGGAUCACGUCUCCCCAGAAGCUGUCCUCCUCACCAUCGGUGGAGACCAGGUCGCCGUUUGA